CCAUAUUGCCAUGUCCCUUCCGGCUUUUGAGGAUUAAGGUGAUCCCAAUUCCCAACCUCUGGCAGUGUGCUUGUCUGUUGUCAUAAUGAGCAUUCUCCAAUCCGCAAAAGUACUGUUUCAUCUUGGAGUCUCCUCAUCCGACCCCAACAAGAAGACCUUCAUCCACCUCUCUCCUUCUCACUGCAAAACAAAAGCGGUAGCAGCCAGGUCAAGAAGAACACCCGAGCGGGAGGACACCUUCGCAUGGAACAGCCUCAUUCAGAGCCAUCUGGCAAACAACGAGUUCCCUCUCGUCGUCUCCGCCUACCUCCAAAUGCUUGAGCACCGCGUUCCCCUCGACACGCGCACUCUGCCGCGCGUCCUCGAUGCCUCCCGCCUCAUGCGCGACUUCCCCCUCGCCAAGCAGCUCCAUGCUCAUUCUCUCAAGCUCGGCUUCUCUUCCCACCACUACGCCGUAACCGCCCUCAUUCACAUCUAUGCCGAUCUCGGUACCCUUCCCAUGGCCCAGAAGCUCUUCGACAACUCCCCUUCCCGCAAUGCCGUCUGCUGGACUCUACUCGCAAGGUUGUAUCUUCACGGAGGGAACCCCACCCUCGCCCUUGCUCUCUUCCAUCAGAUGCUGGCGUUGGAUGAUGGCGUCGCUGUCGACCACGUCGCGGUCGCAACGGCCUGCAGCGCCUGCGGGAUGAUGAGGUCUCUCCCUCAAGCAAGGAUUGUGCACGACGUUGCUAGGAAAUGCGGGUUGGAUUCUGAUGUUUUAGUGUGCAAUUCGCUGUUGAAGAUGUACAGUGAUUGUGAUAGCAUGAGCGAUGCCCGCUUGGUGUUUGAGAAAAUGCCUUGCAAGGAUGUUAUUUCUUGGACAUCAAUGAUUUGUGCUUAUGUCAAGAGAGGAGGAUUCAAUGAGGCUUUCAAGUUGUUCCGGGAGAUGAUCAGGGCUGGUUUCAAACCUGAUUCCCAUUCCAUCUCUGCUUUCCUUCCUGCGUGCGGAAGAAUCGCCUCACUCAAUCAGGGUAGAGAAAUUCAUGGCUACUUGCUUAGAAACUGGAUUCAUUCUAACCUCAGGGUAAACAAUGCACUUAUGGACAUGUAUGUAAAAUCUGGAUGUAUCACUUCUGCUUCCAAUGUUUUUGCUGGAAUUAAUAAGAAAGAUACCAUUUCAUGGACCAUAAUGAUAGUGGGAUAUAGCUUACAUGGACAAGGGAAGCUUGGAGUUGAUUUAUUCAGGCAGAUGAAGAACUCAAAGGUGCUGAUAGAUGACAGUGCCUAUGCUGCUGCCCUUCAUGCUUGCAAUACUGCCCGCAUGGUUGAGGAAGGAAGGAUUUACUUCAACCGCAUUAGGGUCCCCACGGUUGCACACUGUGCUCUGAAGGUGGUUCUGCUUGUGAAGUUUGGACUUUUCAUGGAGGCGAGGACCUUUAUUGAGGAAAGAGGGAUUGAAAAGCAUCCUGAGAUACUAAGGAAACUGCUAGAAGGCUGUAGGAUGAGUGGCCAAUACACUAUGGGGAAGCAAAUUGUCGAGCAGCUUUGUGAAUUGGAACCUCUAAAUGCUGAGAACUACGUCAUGCUUCUCAAUUGGUAUGCAGGCUCUGGAAAAUGGCAGAUGGUGCAGAAGAUGAGGGAAACAAUUAGAGACAUGGGUUUGAAACCCAAAAAGGCUUAUACUUGGACAUUGUUCAGGAACAAAGUACAUGUAUUUGGAACUGGGGAUGUAUCUCAUCCAAGAUCAGAGAGAAUAUAUUCAGAAUUGCAGGGUUUAAUUGAGAAAAUGAGAGCCAAAGGACUUGAACCAAAUUGGGAUUUCAGACUCCAUGAUGUAGAUGAAGAGAGGGAAUGCAUUCGGAUAGGGCAUAGUGAACUCUUGGCACUUUCUUUUGGGCUCAUCAGCUCUCAUGCUGGACCAAUUCGUCUUGCAAAGAAUUCUCGGAUGUGUAAUGGUUGCCACAGUUUUGCAAAGUUUGUAUCGAAGAUGAUUAGAAGAGAAAUCAUCUUCAAGGACUCAAAUUUCUUUCACCAUUUUAAUGAUGGCCUUUGUUCAUGUGGAGACUUUUGGUGAUUAUUUUCUGACUGUGCAUUUAUUUCCUUGAGUUGAUCGUUUUCAUCAUGAAAAUGAUAUGAUGACCUACUAUCCCUUGACACAUACAAUGGACAGAGUAGAAAAUAUGGAAGACAACAAAAAGAAACUGUAUCUCAUAUCAAUAUCAUCCAAUGAACAAUAAAAAAGGGGAAUUAAGUGAACCUCCUCCCACUGACUGCCUGCUUCAUUGCCACUGCUGGCAGCUGCUGAACCGCAGGCGAGUCUCCAGUCCCCUGCUUCAGGAGAGUGAAAUUUCAAUUACUUGUUGAUGACAUGGCGCAUUAUGAAGUACUUGAGCGAAUUGGAAAGGGUGCUUUUGGUUCUGCACUUCUUGUCAAGCAUAAGCAUGAGAAGAAAAAAUAUGUUUUGAAGAAGAUUUGCCUUGUCCGUUGUAACGACCCAACUUCUAGCCCGUCAUGACCAAGCCUAGCAGCUAGGCGCUACUAUUCAGUUGACUUUAGGGACUCUAGACCAUAUAUUAAGUAUAUACAUAUGAGCCUAUAUCGCUAGUCGAGAAUCGCGUAUCUAGUCGAGUAUAUCGGAAUAAUUGUAAGUUAAGCAGAUAAUACAAGGAACAGAUAAGCAUAACAAGCAUAAUCAUAGCAUACAUGAAAUGCCAUAGUCUGGGAUUCGAUCUACUUAUUAAAUAAAUACAAAAGAGCUAGCCCUCUAAAAGUCUAUCUAGAGCGAGGGAAAGGACCACUGCUACCAUUACUACUACUGCUGAAACAGUAUAUUUGGAAGCUACUAACACAUUAUGCUGAAACUAGAGAAUCACUCCUACGUGCCCGUGAUGCUGCUGCUGCUUGCAUCCUCGGUGGAGUCCUCCUCCUCGGUCUUGAAAGAACUAUAGUACAGAUCGGUCAUCAUCUGAUCGAUCAAUGCCUCUGAGCUAUACUCUGAUGAAGAUGUGGAUCCAGAGGCGUGGGUCGAUCAAAUGAUGGCGGACCUGUACUCUAGUUCUUUUGAGACCGGGGAGGAGGACUCCACUGAGGAUGCGAGCAGUGGGCACAUCGUAGUGAUUCCCUCGUUUCAGCAUAAUGUGUUAGCAGCUUCCGGAUAUACAGUUUCAGCAGCAACAGUAGUAGUAGUAAUGGUAGUAGUGGUCCUUGCCCUCACUCUGGAUAGACUUUUAGAGGGCUAGCUCUUUUGUAUUUAUUUAAUAAGUAGAUCGGGUCUCAGACUAGGAUGGCUCUAGUGAGCUGGGGCCUGUAAGUAUAAAUAAUGGAGUAUGUACGUAUUAUAAUAAGCAGUUAAGUAUGAACUUGAGUUAUGUAAUAAACUAAGCCAGCGGCAUUUCAUAUAUGCUAUGAUUAUGCUUAUCUGUUCCUUGUAUUAUCUGUUUAACUUACAAUUAUUCUGAUAUACUCAACUAGCGCUACAGGCUCAUAUGUGUAUACUUAAUAUAUGGUCUAGAGUCUCUAAAAUCAACUGAAUAGUAAUGCCUAGCUGCUAGCCUUGGUCAUGACGUGCUAGAAGUUGUCAAACUGAGCAUCUCGCAGGUCUGCAAACCAGGAGAUGGAGCUCAUUUCCAAACUAAGAAAUCCAUUUAUAGUAGAGUACAAAGAUUCAUGGGUAGAAAGGGUACGGUUCUUCUUUUGUUAUCCUCAUUUAAUUACAAUAAUGGUCUCUAUAAAGCUUGCUUUCGUAUCAUAAAAUUUUCCAAGAAGUUAAACUUAGUCUUAUCUGAUCCUAAGCACAAAAAUAUUAGUAUUCAUUUAUUUAUUGUUUUUAUUUGUUGUAGCAAUAAGAAAUUAGUGUAAGCUUUGAUAUCUUGGACUGCAUCUCAUAUGAAUAUUCAGAGCAAUGUUGAGUAGCAGACUAUUAUAGGUUUUAGCCUUUAGUAGUCAUUGAAUGUAAUGCUAUUCAUUUUCUUGUCAAAAUUAGUGCUUUGGCUUUUUC